AAAGAAAAAGCUGAUGUUUACUGGAACAUCUCAAUGGAUCUGAAACAGGAGAGCUGUGAUGUGGACACAAAUAUCAUGGAUAUUAAGGAGGAGGACUGUGAGUUGGAGUCCAUCUGCCUUGAACAGGAAAUUCUGAGCAUUAAGGAGGAGAUCGGUGAAGUGCAGGUAGUGGUCAUUAAAGAAGAAGUUGAAGAGAAGUCUGUCAGUAUUGAGACGCUUAACCAUACAAAUCUGGACAGUGUAAAAGAAGACAACCUUAAUGAUGGGUGUCAAGAUGGAGCGGAGACCUGGUUAGACUCUUCUGAAAGCAGACACUGUUCAUCUCCAGAGCCUUCUGUCAAUGUGAAGACUGAAUCAUUACAGUCUAAACCAAAGAGGACUAAGAAAACGGCAUCUGUUAGAACUCAGGAAAAUCGGCCACCAUCUACAACGAAGUCUGGAAAAAUUUCUACAGGAAACAAAGAUCAGUGCAGUUUGGAAUCUGGAAAAGAAUUCUCUGGCUGGAGUGCUCUUCAGAAACACACUGGAGUUCACACCGGAGAGAUGCCAUAUUGCUGUAAUGAAUGUGGUAAACAGUUUUCACAUUUAAGCAGUCUGAAGAACCACACUAGAGUUCACACUGGAGAGAAGCCCUAUUGCUGUAAUGAAUGUGGUAAACAGUUUUCAAGUAUGAGUAACCUACGUAGUCACAAAAGAAUUCACACAGGAGAGAAGUUCUAUUGCUGUUAUGAAUGUGGUGAACAGUUUUCACUUCUAAGUAUUCUGAAGAGCCACACUAGAGUUCACACGGGAGAGAAGCCAUAUUGCUGUAAUGAAUGUGGUAAACGUUUUUCACAAAAGGACAGUCUCCAGAGACACACUAGAGUUCACACGGGAGAGAAGCCAUAUUGUUGUAAUGAAUGUGGUAAACAGUUUUCAAGUAUGAGAAACCUACGUAGUCACAAAAGAAUUCACACAGGAGAGAAGUUCUAUUGCUGUUAUCAAUGUGGCGAACAGUUUUCACUUCUAAGUAUUCUGAAGAGCCACACUAGAGUUCACACAGGAGAGAAACUGUAUUGCUGUAAUGAAUGUGGUGAACAGUUUUCACAAAUGAUCAGUCUUCUGAGACACACUAGAGUUCACACUGGAGAGAAGCCAUACUGCUGUAAUGAAUGUGGUAAACAGUUUUUACGAAAGAUCAAUCUUCAGAGACACACUAGAGUUCACACGGGAGAGAAGCCAUAUUGCUGUGAUGAAUGUGGUAAACGAUUUUCACAAAUGGGCAAUCUUCGGAGACACACUAGAGUUCACAACGUAAUAUAAAGGGUAGCAGUUCAAAGAUCAGUCCAGAAAAACAAGCAUCCUUCAGGACCCGAGAGUGAGGUUCACUUCUGUCUUGAAAAGUAAGCAAACUAAACUAUUGUUGACAAAUUAAUAUCUGAGAGAAGCCAUAUUGCUGUUUACGGUGACACCACCGUUCAACUGAAAGACAACACCCAGGUAACUUCUGUUU